ACGCCAGCCAGCGCCGCCCACACGACCCCCAAGCCGACAGCCCUCACGACGGCAUGAGGUGACCCGCAGCGAUUCACACGACAAUGCGCUGCUCCCGCCGGACUGUUGCCGCCCAUCUCGUGAAGCGACCGCGACUCCCGCCUGCAGCUACAAGCACUCCUCUCGGGUGCACGUCGCGACGAUGCCUCGCCACCGUGCAGUCCGCGCAGGGCGGGCGAGGCAGCGCCGCGAGGAGAGAGACCCUGGCUGUCCCGUCCGAAGCCCGCUUCAGCGAGAUAGGGGUCCAGCACCUCUCUACUCACGUCCACCACCAAGUCUUCCCCGGCAGGAGCACUGCCGCCCCGCCAGAGCUCGUCGCCCUCUCCAAGGACCACCUCACCCGCCAUGACCUGCUCGGCAAGAACCAAGACUCCACCCCGCCUGUCGCAUUCGACCUGCCCGAGCUGCAGGGGACCACGCUCGACGAACACUUCUACAAGCUCGGAAUGGACGCCGCGGAACCGUUUCUGACCAUGGCAAAGAAGCUAGCAUGGGCGAAUCCUCCACCGAAGCCGCGAAAGUGGGUGAGAAGAAGUGGGUGGACCAAGUACCACAGCGACGGGACGAGCGAAGCCGUGGAAGCCCCGGACGAGGAAAUGCUGACCUUUGACACCGAGGUCAUGUGGAAGGAGACAUCAUUUGCGUGCAUGGCAUGCGCUGUAAGUCCGACGGCGUGGUAUGGCUGGAUCUCGCCCUGGCUGUUGGGAGAGUCAGAGUCGGAUCGUCAUCUCAUACCACUCGGCGACCCGUCACGAGCGCGAGUCAUUGUUGGCCACAACAUCGGAUACGACAGAGCAAGAAUAGCUGAAGAAUACGACAUUCGCCAAUCGAAGAACGCGUUCGUCGAUACCAUGUCCUUGCACGUCGCGUCCAACGGCAUGUGCUCCCGGCAAAGACCUUCCUGGAUGAAGCAUCAGAAGAGCCGGGAGCAGCGGGAAAAGAUUGCCACCUCGGAGGAAUAUACAGAUAUCUCACAUCUGCUAACUUCGGACGCGAUACCACACGAAGAGGAGGAGUUGUGGAUCGGCCGGAGUGCAGUCAACUCAUUACGUGAAGUGGCCAAAUUCCACUGCAACAUCACAAUCGACAAGGCUCGCCGAGAGUACUUUGGCGAGCUGGACCGGGCAGGCAUCUGUGAGAAGCUGGAUGAGCUGCUUGACUACUGUGCGGCCGAUGUUGAGAUCACCCAUCGUGUAUACCAGAAAGUCUUCCCUCUAUUCCUCGAGACGUGCCCGCAUCCUGUGAGCUUUGCGGCCCUGCGGUUUUUGGCCGCCGAGAUUCUCCCUGUAAACGAGACGUGGGACGCAUAUAUCCACAAUGCCGAGGCCACGUACCGCCAGCUGAGCGAAGCUGUCCAACAGCGACUCGUCAAGCUCGCAGAACAGGCACUCGAAGUCAAAGACAAACCCGAAAUUUACGAGAAGGAUCCUUGGUUAAGUCAGCUGGACUGGUCUGGCCAGGAGAUUCGCAUGGUCAAGGGGAAGAAGAAAGGCGAGCCAUCGCGACCGGCAGCCCGGCAGAAGAUGCCAGGCAUGCCCAAGUGGUAUAAAGACUUGUUUGCCAAGACCGACGCACCAAUCAAUCUCACAGUCCGCACAAGAGUAGCACCAAUUCUGCUGAAGCUCAGUUGGGAUGGGAACCCGCUCGUCUGGUCAGACGAGCAUGGCUGGACGUGGCAGGUGCCCAUGGAAGAAGUUUUUGCUUACAACGAAAAGGGCAUGAAAGAGUUGGACAUGUCAGAAGAAGGGAAUCUAAAGUUGCGCGACGAUACGAAACAUCGAUACUACAAAGUACCACACAAGGACGGCCCUCUGGCAAGGUGCGCAAAUCCUUUGGCAAAGGGAUAUCUUGCCUACAUGGAGAAAGGAACUCUUUCCUCUGAGUACGAGUACGCCAAGGAGGCGCUCGAGAUGAACGCAUCUUGUUCGUACUGGAUGAGCGCAAGAGACAGGAUCAUGUCGCAGAUGGUGGUGUACAACAAUGAGGUGCCCAAUGCGCCAAAGCUAGCGUCUGCAUCACAAGCUGGCACAGGCAAGAAAGUUGGUUUCAUAUUACCACAGGUCAUCCCAAUGGGCACUAUCACACGCCGAGCUGUGGAGAAUACCUGGCUCACCGCCAGCAACGCCAAGAAGAAUCGGGUUGGAUCCGAGUUGAAGUCAAUGGUUCGCGCCCCGCAGGGUUAUUGCUUUGUAGGAGCCGACGUGGACUCGCAAGAGCUGUGGAUAGCGAGUCUGAUUGGCGAUUCUACGUUCAAGCUACACGGAGGUAAUGCUGUCGGUUUCAUGACGCUUGAGGGUACCAAAGCCGCCGGUACGGAUCUGCAUUCCCGUACCGCAAGCAUUCUGGGCAUUACAAGAAACGACGCAAAGGUUUUCAACUACGGUCGUAUCUACGGUGCCGGACUGAAGUUCGCCGCAACACUGCUGCGACAAUUCAACCCUGGCCUGACCGACUCGCAAACGACCAAGACGGCCAACGAGCUGUACGAAAAUACAAAGGGAAAGAAAACGACCAGGAAGCAACUCCACGAGCGACCGUUCUGGAGAGGCGGCACCGAAUCCUUUGUCUUCAACAAACUCGAGGACUUUGCCGAGCAAGAGAAGCCCAGAACAGCUGUCCUUGGAGCCGGGAUCACUGAAGCACUGAUGCGUCGCUACCUGACCAAGGGUGGCUUCAUGACGUCGCGCAUCAACUGGGCCAUUCAGUCGUCUGGUGUCGACUACCUCCAUCUCCUGAUUGUCAGCAUGGAAUACCUUAGUCGGCGGUACAACCUCGAAGCUCGCCUGGCCAUCACAGUGCACGACGAGAUUCGCUACCUUGUCAAGGAAGAGGACAAGUACCGAGCGGCCAUGGCGUUGCAGGUAGCCAACGUAUGGACGCGUGCCAUCUUCUCGCAGCAGAUGGGCAUCAAUGAGCUCCCGCAAUCAUGCGCCUACUUCUCGGCCGUCGACAUCGAUCACGCCGCGCGCCUGGACCCUGCGGUUGUGCCGAAAGAUGCCCCCGCGGUGGACAAGUACGCGUCCUCGUACACGCCUCGGAUUCCCGUCAUGGCAUCUCUUGGAGACGUCGACCCGAGCUCUGUGUCGAGCAUUGCAUACCUAAAAGCGCAGAUCACGAACGAUGACAAAGAGUUGAGGGAUAUCAUACGCACCGUCAGGCCGCCUGCUAAGCCGCGAACCCGACGAGCGAAGAAAGAUGAGGGAGACGAGGAGAACGAGCGGGCGCUACUGCACUACGAGCAGAUGGCGCAACUCCUGCCGGUGGAUGAAAUCUGGCAAAACGACAAGUUUACCAAGAACUGGAGCUCUACCACAAGACCCGGCACACUGCACCACUUCCACCCGCGCAGCACCGCAUCGCGACCGGCGCGAGUGCAUUGA